AUGCCGAAAAACGCGCGGGUGACACUUUGCUACGGACCUUAUGAAUCCAAUGGAGUCGUACAGCACAGGUGCUUCCGCUUGCAGGGUCUCCAGGCCGCCCUGGGAGCGCGCGGCCACCAGUGCGUCAUGGAGGAAACGCGCGAGUGGAACAAGGUGGAGCUCGUGGUCGGCGGGGAGGUCGUCUUCAGCUGCGAUAUCAAGCAGCUGCAGUUUGGUGGAGAUGGACAGCUGGACCCUGUCUGCAGAGAAGCUGUCAGUGCGGUGGAGAACGCUUACUGA